AAACAUUAGAACCAAUUCCAAGCUGUGUGUUUUUUCACUGUUUGCGUCAUCCUCAAACACUUUUUUGUUGGUUUUGUUAUUGAAUUGAGAAGAAAAUGACAGGUGAUGCCCACUAGUUUCUUGAAAACAACCGUUCCAUUUAGAGUUUUAUAUUGACUAUUUUCUAGGAUUUAAAUUCGAUUUUAUACGAUCAACAACAUUGAUACAAAGCAUGGCCGGAUCGGCUUUGAGACGCUUAAUGGCGGAAUAUAAACAACUGACUUUAAAUCCACCUGAAGGAAUAAUAGCUGGUCCUGUAAAUGAAGAAAACUUUUUUGAAUGGGAAGCAUUAAUUACAGGUCCUGAAGGAACUUGUUUUGAAGGAGGUGUUUUUCCCGCAAAAUUGAUAUUUCCUGCAGACUAUCCAUUAAGUCCUCCAAAAAUGCAAUUUAGUUGUGAAAUGUUUCAUCCCAAUAUCUAUCCCGAUGGCAGAGUAUGUAUUUCGAUUUUGCAUGCUCCUGGGGAUGAUCCUAUGGGAUACGAGUCAUCAGCUGAGCGAUGGAGUCCCGUGCAGAGUGUGGAAAAAAUUCUUUUAUCUGUAAUUUCUAUGUUAGCUGAGCCAAACGAUGAAAGUGGAGCAAACGUAGAUGCUGCCAAAAUGUGGAGAGAAGACCGAGAACAAUUUAAUAGAAUUGCGGAUAGAUUAGUUCGAAAAUCUCUUGGCCUUACGAGUUGAAAAAAUUAUGUUUUUCUUCAAAUAUUUUGCCCAUUCCUAAGCUUGUUGGUAUUAUGUAUAGCCCUUAAAAGUGUAUAUUAUAUAAAUUAUGUUAAAUUAUAAAAUUUUGGAAAUAUGUUCAGUUUAACUACUUUGUUUACUUCAAUUACAAUUUAUUAAAAAUUGUUUAUAAAUUUA